CUUUUCCGAUACUCUUCUUGAAGGAGAAAUUAGCAAUGGAAUGGAAUGAAUGAAAACAUUGAUUUUAAUGAAAGAUAAGCUGUGAGAAAGGGGCUCUUUAUGAGGAUGGCAAAUGGAGGGAGGCAAUCCAGGAAUUCUCGGCGCAUUGCUCCAGAACCAGAUUCCUACAGUAGUGUUAUCGAAAUAAGACCAAAUAGGCAUUUAAGAAUUAAGCGAUUAAAUCCAAAGGAAAGAGAUGAAAAGUUUGAAAAGGAAAUGCAAGCAUACCUUCAGUAUAGGGAAAUUGGGGCCUUAAGUUCUGGUGUUGCUUUGCCACCACAUCUGCUAAGCAGAAGACAAGCCAAAAAUGAAGGUCAGUCAAAAUUGGCCAAGUCUGAGACACAUGCUCAUGUAGCCCCACAUGAAGUCAAUGAAAGAGAGAGGUCUGAUCAUUUGAAUACGUCACAUGGAAAAAUUCAGUUACAUUCUCCUUCGCGAAAUUCUCUGUUAUCACAAGAAGCACAGUCUAUUUCAGGGGUCCAUGUUGCAGUUCAAAGACCAUCAUCUGAAGUGCUUCCCCUUGGUCAGUUAGGGGAGAGUAGUCUCGAAUUAGAUGAAGACAGUCAGAUACAUUCUCCUCAAAAAAGUGCUAAAUCUCCUCGUAAAACAAAAGAUCAUAGACCUGUUAGUGCUAGAAGUUUUAAAAAAGGAGCAAGGUCUCUAACAGGGCCUGAUGUUACUGACACAUUAUCAAAUCUCCCUGAUAUGGAUCAUACAUCAGUUACACAUCUUGACUCUUCUUUCAAAGAUGUAACUUUGUUUUUUAUACAUGGUGUAGGAGGUUCAGCUGAUAUUUGGAAUGCUCAGUUAACUUUCUUCGCCAGCCUAGGAGUAGAAGUUAUAGCUCCAGAUUUGAUAGGUCAUGGAUUAAGCUGUAGUCCAGACAUAGCAAGAGCAUACCAUUUCAAUGAGAUUCUUAAUGAUGUAGAACAUAUAUUUGACAAGUACUGUAAACGACAAAAUGUAGUUAUUGGACAUUCAUAUGGAUGUGCUUUUGCCGCAGCUCUAGGUAGACGGAGGGCACGAAGGGUAUCAAAGCUGGUGUUGAUUAGUGGAGGAGCCCCUAUACCCCUCGCUCCUCAACCUGGUGUGUUCUCCCUACCAUCUUGUAUGUUGUCCUGUCUUAAACCAUGUAUCUUCUCCAAGUUUGAGAGAAAUGCAUUCCACAAUACUAAAUUGAGUGGGUUAUCUAGGGAGCAGGCUUUUGACUUGCCAGUUUAUGUCCUAAGUCACAUGAUGAAGGGACAGGAUUGGUUAGACGGUGAUGAGCUUUACCAUCAGUGGUUGACGGCACCAACUCUACUGUUACACGGGAAAUAUGACAAGUUUGUUUCUGUCCAGGAAGAGCAAGAGAUGGAACAGGCAAUAUAUUACUCCACAUUGGUUCUUGUUGACAAUGCGAGUCACAUGGUCAUGAUGGAAGCUCCUAAAAAAGUCAAUCAAGUCAUGUACGAGUUUAUUUUCCAAGAAAAUUAUGAGCCACUAGAAACUGACAGACCUAAAACAAGACUAUCAAGUGCCAAAUCUUCCAGAUCAAUACGACACCGCAUAUCUAAACAAUUAGCUUAAACAGACUUGUGUAUCAGUGCUCCCUGUAGGCACCAGUGAUAACUACAGCAGGAAGAAUUGCUAGGUUUUAUAAUCAAACCAUGAUAACUAAAAUGCUUGAAUCCAUCACAUGCUGAAUAUCUGAAAUAGAUUUGUCCAGAUCUCUUUUUUUUUUAACUUUCCAUUAUCAGUUUUUGGGAUGCCAAGAUGAAAUAUUAAAGUCGGUCAGCCAACAGUAUAGAAUCUUGUCAGACUGUAUAGAAGUGCAAGCUUGCCAGGUUCUAUACUGACGACAAAGGGAAGUCAUUUUUAGUCCCAGCAAGUUAAGGAAUAAAGCAAGUCAUUAUUGUUGGCUUUUUAAAAAUCUCCACUGAUAUCUUUAUAUAUAACAGAGAGCACUGAUUUAUGUAUAUCCGGGUAUAAAAGAGGACAAUCAGCUAUAAAGUUUUGGCUUUCUUCUUGCUAGUUUUGCUACUUUAAGCUAUCUCGCUACUUUAAGCUACUGGAUUUCAGUGUCCAAACAAAUCAUUACACAAUCUUAAACCAGUGAAAGGGUUGGCAGCAAGAUAAAGUCAGACAUAAAUAUGUUAUAUCAAUAUCAUAACUUUUUGAUUAUUUUCAGUACAUAUUUUGAAACUUAAAUUCCCUAAAAAUAUUGCAUGGUUUAGUCCAGAUUGAAAGAUGGAAAAGUCCAUUUAAGAGGGAUAAGGGUUAAAAAUAGUCUAGGAAAGUGUUAUACAAGGUUUAUAACAUUUCUCAGACUUAACUUACAAUCUACAGGAAUUUUUUGUCAUUUAAUGUUGGAUUCUUUUAUUUUCAUGAUAUUAUAAAAGCAGCAAAUGUCAAAAUAACAUCAGAAUCAUUAUUUGACAGUCCAUGUUUUUUUUGUAUCAAAAGUGUGUAAUGUUAAGAAAUAUAUAAUGUUUUUACAUGUAUAUCAUGAAGUAAUUUUUCAUGACAGCCAAAUACCAAAACCAAUGGGAAAAAUCCACUUUUUGACAAAUCUAUUCAACAAAAGCCAAUUAGAAUAUUUGAUUUGUAAAACACACAAUAAAGUACUUUGCUAAUUCAUCGUGUAAACAACAAUGCUGUGUAUUGUCUAAAUAUCUGUGUGCUAUUUUAUGUUCAUAAUUCUCACUGGAUACUAGUAUAUUCUACCAACCUACUCCUUCAUUGUCUUUCAAGCCAUGACAUUCAUAUUAAACACUUAUUUUUUUUAUGUUUUACACAUCUGUGUACAUGUAUAUAUCCUCAUACUAAAAUCUAAACAAUGUUAAUGCCUUUCCUCCCACACACAAACCCCUCCCCCCCACACCCACACCCACAAAACACACCCCACACACUUGUAUAUAUUACCUUAUUAAGUUAUUAUAUAUAAAAAGAGAUGUGAUAUGUCAGUAUAAAGUAAUAUAGGGUGUCAGUUGUAAUUGGUAAGUUUAAUAUUUUUAUACAACCUCGGAAAUGUUUCAAUCAUAUUAUUUCCAGAUCUCUUUGUUCAUAUGUUAAGAAUUUUUAGCACAAAAUGUCUGCGGUGUUAAACCCACAUGAUUUGAUUAUGAAAGACAAGAGGGAAAUGUUCCUUCAACAAAGUAUUGCUUUAUUUCUAGUUUUAGUGAUGAAUUUGCACUUGCAACACUUGUCUGAUCAUAAAAUUACAAAUAUUAUUCUUUCAAUUUAAGGUACUACUUAAAAUAUACAACCAGACAAUCAAACAUUAUCAGACUGCCCAAUAUAUAUUUAUACCCUUUCAUGUCCUGUUGUAGAUAAUUGAGCCACGCCAUGACAAAACCAACAUAAUGCGUUUGUGACCAGCAUGGAUCCAGACCAGCCUGCGAAUCUGCGCAGUCUGAUCAGGAUCCAUGCUGUUCGCUUACAAACCCUAUUACAAGUAGAGAAACUGAUAGCGAACAGCAUGGAUCCUGAUCAGACUGCGCGGAUGCGCAGACUGGUCUGGAUCCAUGCUGGUCGCAAAAACGCAUUAUGUUGGUUUUGUCAUGGCGUGGCUCAAUUAUAUUUUAUACUUUAUACAUUCCAUCUCUGUUUAGGCUUUUUGUCUGUGAUAUUUUUACAUAUCUACACAUUACUUGUGUAUACACGUGGCAAUUAAUAUUUUUUUAUAAAGAUUAUAUUUUAUUUAUAAAAGAUCUUAUACUUUGAGCAACAUGUCAGUCAUUUUGGCCAUAUAUAUUAUAUUAUGGUUCUGAAUUCCAAAUAAAGGGUAGUUAGGAACCUUAGGCACUAAUUGAGAUAUCUUGAAUGUGUUACACAGUGAUGAGCAACUUUAAACUGUACUUGUAUAAUUUAUUCUUGUACGAUUUAUUUUUUGUAUGAUUUUAUAUCUCACACCAUUAAAGACUAUUUACUUGUAUACGGGUCACAAAUAUAAGAUAUAACAUCAGUUGUCAUUUCUGAUAGGACAGAAAUUAAAUAAUUCCUGGACAGGUUUUUAAGCGAGUCAGUGGCAAGUUAUUGUGAAAAACAUAAUCUUUGUCACUCCCAGGCUAUUUUAAAAUUAAGUACAUGUAAUAUAAAAAAGAGUAAUUAUAUACCGAUAUAUUAUAUUGAAAACAAGAAAUAUCAUAAGAUAAAAUAUACAGAAAGGAUCACAGAGUUUUAUGUGUCAUGAAACUAUAUUUGACAGUACAGGAAGUGUAUUUUUCAAUUGAAAGGCCGAUAGACUUUCUUUUUUUGCAAAGUCAAAAAUGUGUAUGUUCUUGUGUAUAACGAAACUGUUUAAUUUAUUGUUUACUGGAAAUCCUCUUAAUAAUAAAUAAUUUGCUAGAUUCAUAAGACCAUCAAAAAUACACUUAUGAGAUACACUAAUUAUGUUAUAUUUUUUACAAAGAAAAAAAUAGCAACUGUCUAAGGCAAUAGUAAUGAUCAUUUAAACAUUUUUUGGGCUUUUUCCAUAGAAAUGGCAUAGUAGAGCAUAUUAUUUUAGCCUUGUACGAGUUGUUUAACAUGUUGUGUGCAUAACCUUCUCAGAUAACAGCAUAUAUCAUGCUAUGUUGUAUCAACUUCAUUGUAUCUAAUGAAAUAUCUUUAUGACAAGUUUGUUUAUGAUAUCCUUUAUAAGAGAUAUAAUAAACAAUCAUUUUCUCUAUCAAAACAAUGGCCAAGAUUCACAUAUAUUAAAUGAGCUCUUCCAUGAAGCAGUAAGUCAUUCUGUCAUCCUUAUUAUUCAGUGUUAUGUCCAGUAAUGUUAAAAUAUUACCCGACUCUCUUUUUUAAACAUUCUAAAUUGUGUGAAGCUAUUUUACAUCUUAAACUAUUUAGUUUUCACAGGGUAACAUAGCAAAGUGUUAAUUAGCAGCUGAUUACUGGUAUCAUAUAAAGAUUUUAUUUGUUUGUUAUUAUUUUUUAUAUAUGAAAUAAAAAGAGCUGUUUUCAUGGUAACGUGGAUAAGAUGUCUUUACUAGUCUUUUAAGAAUAUAAAUGUGCUUUUAUUAAGUUAUAGUUACACUGUCACUAGUUAAGACAUGUUUUAUUUAGUCUGUGUGCACUUUUUUUUGUAUAUUUAUUCUUUGUUACUUAGUUUAUUUUUGACUACUUCACAGAAAACAAAAUAUGGAAGCUA